GACUUCUGUGAGUGUUGAAACAAAGGUUAUCAUCAAAUUUCAGCAAGGGAGCAUGUGAACUUUAUUUAACCAUUUUGAAAUGUGUUUCUUUGGUUUGUCUUUAAACGUUCAAUGAGGGAGUAAAACUCAAUGAGGGUUUCAUUUUUAUACAGAAUGGUAAAAAAUCAUCGCCUUAUUGAAUCUUACGGUGGAUCAACAAAGCCCAGGCCAGAUCAGAUUGUCAGAAUCAUCACUGUUUACAGGCUUCACAUAAUUUAUUUUAGUGCUUCAUGUUUUAUAAAGUGAUUAGAUUAAGUGACAUAAAUGACGUAUAACCUGAGACAAUCUAUACUCUAUAAGAUGCGGUUUAUUUAUAGUUUAUAGUGGCCUACUAUCAAUAACAGAAUCGGUCGUGAUUUCAGAGAACGAUAAAUAAUUUAAAAACAUAGUGAGCGAGAAAAUCCAGUCACGCUGUUGAACCCACGCGUUUCCCCGCAGUCUCGCUUACGGGACGUGCGCUUUUAAAACACUCACGUGUGCGCGCUGAAGCCUCGCCCUUUUUGCACGCAAAACAUUUAAGAAAAAAUCGCGGGUUCGAGUCAUUCUGCAUCCUCCUGACAGUCAUCAAACCCCCUGAACUCUGCAGAGAGAUGUGCUCGGAUGGAGAACGCGCGGCGCUGGGCAGCUCGGGAAACGGUAAGCUGCGCCAGUGGCUCAUUGAGCAGGUGGACACCAGUAAAUACCCGGGACUCGUGUGGGAGAACGAAGAAAAGACUGUGUUCAGGAUCCCGUGGAAGCACGCGGGGAAACAGGACUACAAUCGGGACGAGGACGCAGCGCUCUUCAAGGCUUGGGCGCUGUUCAAAGGCAAAUACCGGGAGGGCAUCGACAAACCGGACCCCCCCACGUGGAAAACGCGUCUCCGUUGUGCGCUUAACAAGAGCAACGACUUCGAGGAGCUGAUGGAACGCAGUCAGCUCGACAUUUCGGACCCUUAUAAAGUUUACCGUAUAGUUCCUGAGAGCGCCAAAAAAGCUUCCAGAGCUCUAGAGGAUACGACAUCAAAUCCGAGCCCUCCGAGUUAUCCACUACAAUCCUAUCCGCCAAUUCAGAGUCAGGUCUGCAGUUUCAUUUCUCCAGCAGAGAGAAGUUGGAGGGAAUAUCUCUCAGAAAAGCCCCCUAUAACUGACAUCCCUUACAACCAAAGUCCAUACACCUCUCGAUGGGAUGCAGGAUAUCAGUUCACUGGCUCCUUCUAUAGCUGCAGUGCCUCAGAGCCCCUGCCAUCUGCCUUUACACUAGAUGCCAGCAUGAAGUCAGCAGAAGCCAUGGCCCUCUCAGAUUAUCGGUUCCAUGUGGCUGUAUAUUUUCGGGAUGUCCUUCUGCGGGAGGUGACUGUGAGCAGUCUAGAAGGUUGCUUUCUGGGUGCAAGCAAAGAUAGUAUGCCAUUUGGAGCCUCUCAAGGUCCAGAGUUUAUAGAGCUUCCACAGAUUGAACACAACUCUCUGGAACAUGGGGUUCUCCUGUGGAUGCUACCAGAUGGGCUGUAUGCUCGCCGCUGCUGCCCCUGCAGGGUGUACUGGGAGGGAGGGCAAACUUUGCCCAACAACAAACCCAGCAAACUACAGAGAGAUCAGAACUGCAAACUGCUGGACACUCAGCAUUUCAUCACAGAGUUACAAAGUUAUGCUCGGCACAUACGUCCUCCACCCAUGACCCAUGUGCUCCUGUACUUUGAGGAAGACAGCACGGAGCCACAAAGACCUGGAAGGACUCUUACUGUACAGGUGGAGCCUAUGUUUGCUCGUCAGUUUCUGUACUUCACCCACCAGAGCAGCAUGAACUACAUCCGCAACCACAACCUUUCCCCUCUGAGUCCAGAGCACACAAUUACACCAAGUCAGGACUUCCACAGAGUCAUCAGCCAUCACCACAGCAACAGCCUUUAAAAUGUAUCUUCACCUGGGAAAGCUAACUUUGGGUAAGUCGAACUGAAGCAUGGACAAGGAUGGACGCAACAAAUGCACCACCAUGGCUCAUGUGUGACGCUGACAGAGUAUCAACAUCACCACCUAUUUUCUCCACACACUUUCAAGCAGUUGGACUUGAAAAAUGGACAAAAAACAAACUGCACUUAUUUCACAGACAUGUCUGUUGAGCCCUACACAUUCUUUUUCUAUUUUUAUUCGUCAUCUUUUUGUUGUUGUUUUGUUUUUAAUAUACCCUCAGGGAACUGUAAAUGAAACAUUAUUAAAAAAAUUUCAUAACCAAA